UGGGCGCGCUGGGCUGCGGCAGCCGGCGGGGGGCGGCGGCGGUGGCGCGGUCGGGAGGGCGGUCGGCUGCCUGGAUGGCCGGUUCCUGCGACUGCCCUGCGCGCCGGGCUCUCUCGCAGCCCAGGGACGUGCGCUUCCUUCUCCCGCAUCGCACUGCAUGCUGUAACCCACUGCUGAACCAACAAAUUGGAAACAAUUCAUAGCAUCAAAGACUUCAGACUGAUGCAGCCUAUCAAGUCUUCAAGCACUGUGAACUGAAACUACAAAUCUUGGAGUUUGUCACCUGGGUCAAAAGGAAUGCUUUUCUGAUAUUAACGAGGACUGGUACUGCCAUUAUGACGACCCAGGAGAAGUGGCUUAACCUUAGUCCUGGAGAGUUCUCUCAGCUUCAGAAAUACGCAGAAUAUUCCACUAAGAAAAUUAAGGAUGUCUUAGAAGAGUUCCAUGGCAGUGGUGUGUUAGCAAAAUAUAAUCCUGAAGGGAAACAAGAUAUACUUAAUCAAACAAUUGAUUUAGAGGGAUUCAAGCUGUUCAUGAAGACUUUUCUGGAGGCAGAGCUACCUGAUGAUUUCAUUGAGCAUCUUUUUACAUCAUUUAGCAACAAAAUCUCUCACUGCAGCCCAUUAAUAAAAAACAAACCCCCGCUCCUUUCUGGAGUUAAAGUGUCUGAAGAAAGAUGGAAACAGAUGCCAGGUCUGAGACUUAACAAAGGUACCUCUACAUCCCGACCUCCUACACCUGCCAACUUGAAUUUACCAGAUGCGAUCCAGCUGAAAGACAUUGUUUGUUAUUUAUCACUGCUAGAAAGAGGAAGACCUGAAGACAAGCUAGAAUUUAUGUUUCGUUUAUAUGAUACAGAUGGAAAUGGAUACUUGGAUAGUUCGGAGCUGGAAAAUAUCAUUGCACAAAUGAUGCAUGUGGCAGAAUACCUUGAAUGGGAUAUUACUGAACUGAGCCCGAUUCUUCAUGAAAUGAUGGAAGAAAUUGACUAUGAUCAUGAUGGCACUGUUUCUCUAGAAGAGUGGAUCCAAGGAGGAAUGACAACAAUCCCACUCUUGGUCCUUCUUGGAUUAGAGAAUAAUGUAAAAGAUGAUGGGCAGCACGUAUGGAGACUGAAGCACUUUAACAAGCCUGCUUACUGUAAUCUUUGUUUGAACAUGCUAAUCGGAGUAGGCAAGCAGGGCCUCUGCUGUUCUUUUUGCAAGUAUACAGUCCAUGAACGCUGUGUCUCAAGAGCUCCCGCAUCUUGCAUCAAAACAUAUGUGAAGUCCAAAAAGAAUACUGAUGUAAUGCACCAUUUCUGGGUGGAAGGAAAUUGUCCAACAAAAUGUGAUAAAUGUCAUAAAACCAUAAAAUGUUACCAAGGUUUGACUGGACUUCACUGUGUUUGGUGUCAGAUCACAUUACAUAAUAAAUGUGCUUCACAUCUAAAGCCUGAAUGUGACUGUGGACUUUUGAAGGACCAUAUUUUACCACCCACAUCAAUCUGCCCAGUAGUAUUGGAAAGGCAGGCAACAGUGAAGAAAGAAAAGGGUUGUCUGCAGCAAAUGAACAAACUGGGAGAACGAAACAAAAUGCAGAGAGCAAAUUCCAUCACUGUAGAUGGACAAGGUCUUCAGAUCACUCCAGUUCCAGGCACUCAUCCACUUUUAGUUUUUGUCAAUCCUAAAAGUGGUGGAAAACAAGGAGAAAGAAUUUAUAGAAAAUUUCAGUACCUUUUAAAUCCUCGUCAAGUUUAUAGUCUUGCUGGAAAUGGACCAAUGCCAGGGUUAAAUUUUUUUCGAGAUGUUCCUGAGUUCAGAGUACUAGCAUGUGGUGGAGAUGGGACGGUAGGCUGGAUUUUGGAUUGCAUAGAGAAGGCAAACUUGCUUAAGCAUCCACCAGUUGCAAUUCUGCCUCUUGGGACUGGCAAUGAUUUAGCAAGGUGUCUGAGAUGGGGAGGAGGUUAUGAAGGUGAAAAUUUAAUGAAGAUCUUAAAAGACAUUGAGAACAGCUCUGAGAUUUUGCUGGACAGGUGGAAAUUUGAAGUAAUGCCGAACGAUAAAGACGAGAAAGGAGACCCAGUGCCUUACAACAUCAUCAAUAAUUACUUUUCAAUCGGCGUGGAUGCUUCAAUUGCCCACAGAUUCCACAUCAUGAGGGAAAAACAUCCGGAGAAGUUCAACAGUAGAAUGAAGAACAAAUUUUGGUAUUUUGAAUUUGGCACUUCGGAAACUUUCUCAGCCACCUGUAAGAAGCUGCAUGAAUCUGUAGAAAUAGAAUGUGAUGGGAUUCAGCUAGACUUGAUCAAUAUUUCUCUGGAAGGAAUUGCCAUUCUGAACAUCCCAAGCAUGCAUGGUGGAUCAAAUCUGUGGGGGGAGACAAAGAAAAGACGCAGCCAUCGUCGGACAGAAAAGAAGAGAUCAGAUAAAAGAACCACAGUCACAGAUGCGAAGGAACUGAAGUUUGUAUGCCAAGAUCUUAGUGACCAGCUUAUGGAAGUAGUUGGUCUGGAAGGAGCCAUGGAGAUGGGUCAAAUAUACACAGGUCUGAAAAGUGCUGGAAGAAGGCUUGCCCAGUGCUCAUCCGUUGUCAUCAGGACCAGCAAGUCUCUGCCUAUGCAGAUAGAUGGGGAACCUUGGAUGCAAACCCCCUGCACGAUAAAAAUUACCCACAAGAACCAAGCCCCUAUGUUGAUGGGUCCUCCUCCAAAAACUGGUCUUUUCUCUUCUAUCAUCAAAAGAACAAGGCACCACAGCAAGGAAUAAGUGUGUGUAGUUUAGUUUUUAGAAAAUCAAUUAGCUUUGUUGGGCUUUGGAAUAUUUAUGCUGGAAAUCUUUCAAAAAUUUUAGAAUAUCUUCUACUUGCAAAUUCAUGGAUUUUCAUUUAAUAGUUUCUGUAACUGAGCUAAUGUAAAACUAUGCUAUUAGAAAAAAAAGUUAUUGUCACAGGUUUGUAGGCAUUUUGCAUGAAGAAAGCAGAUGUUUACAUAAGAUGAUACAGCAUUUUUUUUGUUGUAGUUGUUGCAUGAAGUACCAUUUAUUAAUCUAUGAGAUAAUUCUGCCAUGGAAUAUAGGAAGGGAAUGCCAUGGGUAAUUUGAUUUUCUCUCCUUUGCAUUUCUAUUUUUUUGUGUGUGCUUUUUUCUAUUAUAAUGAUCAUUUGCAAUAAGUUCAGUAGUGUCUCUUGAAUCAAACAUCUCCACAUCAAUAACCAAUGAGACCUGGUUCAGAGUAAAGUUUAUUACCGGUCUCAUUAACUUUUACUUAUAUUUUAUCAUUUGUUUCUACCCUGAGAAUAUUUUUAUUCAGCUAAGUAUUCAAAUCUUAAAUCUUAUUCUGAUAACUCCUAUGUAUGUAACUGUACCUGCUGAAAACUUAAAAUUCAUUGUAUGCAAUAUUCAAAUGAUUAUGAUUGUUCUUGUGUAGAUUUUUGCAAGACUUGAAGUUUGAGUAAAAAUUAUCUGGUUAAAGAGAUCAUUCAAAGAUUGAAGAUAGUAGUAUUUGCAAAAGUAGCUAUCAGUGUCAUUUGUUGAAACACUAGAAUCAUUUUCAUGAGCAAUACAUCUCUGGAGCAUAGCAAACUUUAAAUCAUUCUGCAUUAUUGACCAAUAGUAUUGCGUGUAUGCACACAAAUAACCAAAGCUCAUGCUUAAUAAAGUGCAUUACCCACCAAAGAUUUAGUGAAGGAUACUUCAGAGAAAUAGGUUAAUUCAUAACUAAUCAAGAUCACUGGAGUAGACUCACCUCUGAAAAUUUAGAGUUCUUUUGAUUAUGUCGGCAAUGUCCUGACAAAUGUUGGGAUGGGAAAAAAAAAAAAACAAAAAACAUUAAAUUGCAAAGAAAUAGUUUUCAUCUAUUUCAUAAGCUGGUAAACACAUAUUCUAAAUAUUGAAACAUACAUAGUUUAAACAUUGGAAAAUUAAGUAUAUGUCUAAUUUUAUUUUAAUUAUUAUUUAUAUAUCUAUGCUAUCCAUAGUUUACUUGUCCUAUGAAUUAAUAUAUUAAGGAAAGGAUAAACUGGUAUCCAUUUCCCUUUCGUAGUCUGUUGCCUGGAAUAAAAACAUCCCUUGUAAUAAAUUUGGGGGAAACAAUUUUCCAGAUUUUUACUUAGCCCUCUGAGAGACUUCCUAACAGCUUAGAAAUCAUAAUACAGGGAUUUGUCUGAGGUUUGCACAACAUUGUCUAAUGUUGAAGGGAAGUCCAAGAAUGGCAACUUUUUUUAGUCUUGCAUAUCAACAGGCUCAAUCAAAACUUCUGUGCAGUCUUAACAUUGUUCUUUGCUCAGAGUGAGCUGCUUCUCAUCUCUGCAUGUCUUAAGUUCUCAGAAAUUUCAUCAAAAAAAGACAAAAAAAGUAAAACUUUGUGUGAAAUGCAUGAUUUCCCAUUUUUAUCUAGAUUUUUAAAUGUUAAUGUUUAUUAAAUCUAUUUUUCUAUUGAUUCAUUUCUCCAUCAAAAAAUAUUAUUUGAUUGUUCUGUAGUGCACGAUACUGUGCAUGUACUUAAAGUUGAUAUAAUUUCUUCUUCAGUAAGAAUUCAACAGAACCCUAAUUUAUAUAAUAGAUGCCGAAAUAAAAGUCAGUAUAUAGUUGGUAGCACUUAUGAUUUUGAAAUAUACAAUCAGUGUUCUGUAAACAUUAGGAGGUAAAUACUGAUUAAUGUUAUGUUCAGCAUUAGGUAGAAAAAUAGGGGGUUAAUUAUUUCCUAAAAUUAAGAUCUUCUAGUUCCCCAUUCUUGGGUCCAGUGAUGGGUCCGAUUAGUUACCAUACUAGCGAACUCCUUUUUUUCCAGUGCAUUGCAAGCUUACAAACACAAAAGUAUUCAAUGCACAUGUUGACUGCAAAUAUAUGUGAUUAUCAAAGUAACGAUAUCUGCAAAGAGAAGGAACUUGCUGACAUAAUAUUACAUAAAGUGCACAUUGGUUUUAUGAAAUUAUAGGUGUUAUAUAGAGGUUAUAGGUGAUAUUUUCAGAUAAUUUGACAUAGGAUUUUCUACCAAUGCUCUUAACUUUUUGUGGCAAAGAUGUGUUUAAUGAUAAUAUAUAAUGUUCUCUGUGAUUAUCUCAUGAACAUUGUAACUUUGAAAACAAAUAAAAAGAUACAUAAGCUAUUCUUUAAUAAUGUAUGCAAUUUUAAAAGUGCCAGUCUGAAUAGCAAAUUGUUCACAACAUGCUUUUUCAUAUAAAGAGGAAUAGAUGGUUAAUCAUGUAAUCACAAUUACAUACAGUUCUGAUUAGUUGUAUAAAAGGUAAAUCCAGAUGCAUUUGUCAGUUUGUAUCAAUACUUAUGGUAGCAAAGUAUAAUGGAGCAGCUAUUAUACUACACAUUGACACAUGAUAUCAGUGACAUCCUGUCUGUCUGUAAAUUGUGUUUGUUUAUUUGUUUACAGUGGCCUCUAAUAAUAUAAAACCAUGAUCAAGCUGAAUGUGUUGAUGAAAAGCUUAGAGCACAUAAAACAUUCUAUGAAAGGAAAUGUUUGGUGUAAUGAAAGAGAAUUUCUUUUUUUUUUUUCUCUUGCACUUCAAUGUGUGCAGAACUAGCAUUGUGAAGUUACAUCUUUGUAUAGGAAGUGAAGCUAUGAAUAUAUGUAUGUAUAGAUGAACUGUUCUUAUAUUGACUGGAUAUUAAGAGUAGUACCUGUAAACCUUCCACAGUUUACAGUGAGGUAUUCCUUCAGGUCUCAUUAAUGACAUUUACAACAUGAAUGGAAAUUGUAACAAUGUAGAAAUUAUGUCUGGCACUGAAUUGGCAAAAUUUUCAUCUCCCUAGUAGGAUGUUGCAAGUGGCCAAUGUGCUGAGGAAAGCAUCACUUUCAAUUCAGUUCCUAUUAAAGUCAGAAUUCGGUGCAGAGACUAAUACAGUGUUACUGCUUCCAGUACUUGCAAGGUAUUUGUAUGUAUGCCAUCACAAUUAUUUAAAGCUGGGGGUUAGAUGUCAUGUUUUGUGAUUAUUGGAGUAUGUAUGCAUACACUAGAUCAGGUAACAUGCUAAUACACUUAGGACUUUGAUGAUCUAAGAAACAUUUAAUAUUAGUUUCUGAAACAAGUAGAUGACCUAUAACAUAGUCUCAUUCUUAUCAACUCUGUUUUAUUACAUGUAAGUCAUACCAAUGAUUACCUAAUAUUUAAAAUUAUCUAUUGCAAAUAAAGUCGACAAGUCAUCAUGUUUGAAAAUAUCAGUGAAAGAAGUAAUUACAGGCAGAGUACCUGUGUUUGAUGUUAUAAGAAACUAAGAGAAAAACAUCCUUUUUUGAGUGUGGUUGAUUUCUUUUGCUGUUUCUGUUGGUUUUAUUUUGUUGGUUUGGUUUUUUGUUGUUGUUGUUGUUGUUGUUUUUUGUUUUGUUUUGUUUUUUGUAGUUGAUGUUUUUCUUUUAUUGCUGAGACUAUGGAUGUUCAGACAUUUCCAACAAGCUUGUCUAUUCACAAUUUAAGAUACUAGCAAUAUUCUGUAAGUUACUUCAAUCCCACCUUGUUACUGGGACUUAUAACUUUGGCAAAGAUCGUAGGAAGGAAGACUUCCUGGGAAGCAGCCACUUUAAAGGAGUGUAUCCAUCAUCUGUCUGGAGAAGACUAAAGGAAAUGGCUGCAAAUCUGGAAAAAAAAAAAGAAAGAAAAAGAAAAAGAAAAAAGAAAAAAGAAAAAAAAUCCAGAAUAAUUACCUCUAGACAAGAAAUUCAGGGAAGAACAGAGAUGAACUCUGCUAAGCAAUGAAAAAAAAACAAAUGUUAAAAGUGAUAUGCAAAAAAAUGUACAAAACACACCACAAAAAUUGUGUGGGGCCAGAGAGGCCAGGUAAAGUUAUUUGAGACUAAUGAGAAUUGAUGUGCCAACAAAAUUAAUUACAUUAAUCUGGAGUCUUGUUCUACUUAGAAUGAGGGAUGUGGAUGGUGUUGUUGUUUUUUUGUUUAUUUUUUUCUUUUGUGGGGAACGUCAUAGGAGUUAGAUCCAAGUGGAACCUCAUUCAGCCUUUCCAGUGAAGGGAGAAAGAUUUGUGAAUGAAAGAUAUAUAAUAUCUUAUAUAUAAUUGUAUGGGAACUGCUGAGUCAUGGCCUGAACCACUGAUUGAUCACCUGAGGCAAGGACUAAGUCAGACAUGGGAGCACAGGUGAAGGCAAUUCAUCUGUGUGACUGGAAGAGGUGGAGCCUGGCUGUACCUCUCUUAGACCUCAUUUAAGGGCUGAUUGCCACAGAGGAGAGAUCUCUUUCUGGAGAUUCCUGGUAUUUUCUACUGUGAGCCUAAGACAUGGGUGAGCAUUUCAUUUUUGAUUGUCUUCCAUCAUGAUAAUCUUUCUAACUGCAAACCUGUAAAAUACCAUCCUAACCAUACCACUCUUCUAACUGUGCUUUUGUUAACCGUACAUAUAAUUAAACAGGUAAAGAAUCUUCUAGGCUGGGUGCUUUCAUAAUUUGGAAAAAAAAAAAAAAAAAAAUUGCCCUUGCUUUUAAGUAAGUUGUGCAAAACUGCUAAGCAGUUAGCAGGGAAGUUAAUAAAUGAAUUUAGAAAGCUGAGGUGGUUACAAGAAGAACUGCUCCAUGUUUUAUGCAAGAGUGGUAAAGAAUAUGCCAGCCUCUUGUCAGAUAAUUGCUACUUGUCUCUAGCUCUACGAGGUCUGAAAGCAUUUUGUUUUCAUUGCAUAUAAGGAAGGAAACUUCUUGUGGUCCUGUUGAGGUGAGUAAAAGCCUUGCAGUACCCCUGGCUGGAAAAUAAAUCAACAUGCCAGAUCUGGAAGUUAAAUCUCCAUUAAAGGGAUAUAAACUAAUAGGUGAACAUUCAUGGCACAUGAGGAUCUGAGGACGAGCUGUGCGGGAAUGCUCAUUUGAUGGUGCAAGCUCUGUCCAGGUUUGUCGAAGUUAUUUGUUUUCUGUCAAACCUGGUCUUCUUCUAUGGAGGGCCUGCUGGGUUAUGUACCCUAGUUAGCAAUCAGUUGCUGGAUAUUAUGUUAAUUUUUAAAUAAGCACGUUUGAUCUCUCCUGUGAAGUUGUUCUGUGGCCAAUGAGCCUUUUGGAAGAAUACAAUAUUUGGGGCAGGAAAAUUUAAACAACUUGUUGUCAGAUAGCUUUUUACUUGGAUGCAGCAAAAGUAUUGUCAAGUUCACAGUGGUUUCAUGGAGCCUCAUGGAGCCCUGUGCAGGAAUAGGGUUGUUUAAUUACUGUGCCCACUGCAGCAUCAUUGAGCCAUUUCCAGAUUUCGUUCUUUGUAAAACUAGUUUCUGCUUUUCAGCAAGUCCUGCACCUCUUGUAGUGCCUGUUCCAGUUGGGGCUGAGAGGACAGGAGAAGAGUAGUCAUGUUAAUGUAGUAAUGAGUAUCUUGGUAGGCACCGUUGCCUUUGCAGGCAUAGAGUGAAAUUGAAGUGUGGCUUCAGUAUCUUUCAGGAGAAAAAGAGCAAAGAAAAAAAUGAAGUAGAAAAUCUCAGUACCAUCACUUCUUUCAGAAAAUAAUAAUGCAUUAUAAUGUAUCUUGCAUAGUAGUAAAGUUUUGUUUAAGUUAGUUAAGUAGUAAUUACUGUAUUUGUAUGUGUGUGUGUGGUAGGGGUAUGGACAGACCUUUCCCAUUAUCGGUUUAUCUUAAUUUAACAAGAAUAGCUGAAGAAGGUAAACUUCUACAUUGACCAUCAGCUCCAUUUUGUCAAACUGCCCUACAGUUUGAAGUUAUAAAUAGGUAUGUUGUAAGCAUGGAGAAUUUCAGCAUGGUGGUAUUUCAGAGACUGCUUCCUUUCUUUCUGAUUCAUUAUUCAAAGAGAGUACAUGAGAAGCACCUCAGGGCACUCUUUAAAUAUGACUAAUGCGAAGAGUAAGUGAUAAUCACCAGGCUUUCUUAUUUAUAGAAAGGUGGUAGCUAUACUGAUGAUGAAGCAGGAGUUUCAUAGUGAACACUAGGAAUUGUCAGGUCUGAGUGGGAAACAAAGAUUUGGAGGUUUUUUUUAUUGUCAAGAGUUAAUAAUGGCUAAAAAUAAAUACUUAGCUGCUGGCUGACCUACUUGAAGUAAAUGUGAUUUGUUUAUUUAUUUCACUGAGGUUCAUACAUUCUGUGAAGCAACAUAUCAAUUUGCUCUAAUCGGUAGCUUUUCUGGACAGGGAAGUGAAUGCUGCUUACUGUCUGGGUGAAAUAUUUAUGGUCUUUUUUUUUUUGCUUGUCAACAAGAAAAUACAAGUUGUCAAUCUGCAGGCUUGUCAGUCUAUUUACAUUAACUGAGGAAAAAAAUCACAUCUGUGGACAGAUAAGAGGUGAUUUGUAUGUUUCUUAGUGAGACUAUCAGAUUUUGCAAAAUGAGGAUUACUGCUGUCCUUUCUGCCCAGCUGUUGGGCUGUCUGUUGCAAAAGGCAUAGGUGUUAUCCCAUAAAAUUAUAAUAACAAAGGGAGAUUGUGGAUUUUUUUCAUGUGUAUUUGUGAAUGAGUGAAUUCCAAUCGUUUUCUCCUGCUCUAGAAUUACAAAGAAUACAAUUUUAAUUUAGAGAUGAGUGUCCGUUGUCUAUGGUGUACGUGUAAGUAAUCAAGUGAAGGAAGAUCUGUUUUGUUUGACCUGAGCUUUACUUCAAUGUGUUUAAAUUCAGUCCAUCAGGCACAUUAAUGAAAGAAAUGCCACCAACUUUUUAGUUCUAAGUAGUUUGGGAGGACUUGUGGGUAAAAAUGAGCUAUACUAAGUUUUACCCCAGUGCAGUAUAUACACAUGGAUUAAGAAAUUUUCAUCUCUUUUACACCAAUCAACAAUGAUUUUUUUUAUCAUUCUUUUUAAUCAAUCUGUUAAUGGUUCAACUGUUGAUAUGUGCAAGCAGUUUACAUGAGGCUUGUAAUGGACAGCUGUCCAUUCUGUAAAGUCAAGCCUUGCACUGACAAGAGAAUUGAGAGCUUCAUAUUUUUUCACUAGAUCUGGUCAACAAUAUUCUUAUCAUCUGUUUCACAAUAAUACACAGAACUGUACAGAGGCACACAUCUUACUCAACUGAUGUAAUUUUCCCCUAUUUUCAUUUUAGAGAAAAAUCAGGCUUGCCACUUUAAAUAUAAACAUGUUUUUACUCUUGAAUGUCAAAUGGAAGUGUAAGGUUUUACUUCAUAUUGGCAUUUUAUGAAUGCAGCUAUUAACUAAUAUUGUAAUAUAAGUGGCAUAUUUUGUUUCAAUCUCAACGUAAUUUUAAUUCCUGUAAGAGAAUGUGAAAAUGUUUAGCGUUUGUUCAAGCUCCUGAAAUGAAAGUUUAGACUUCACACUGCUGUAAUUGUCACCAGACUAAAAUGCUACAAGUGAAAUUCUAGUCUUUAAGUUACAUCUCUGCAUUUUUAUUAUUUAAGUACAUGAGUUAUCUUUGAGGAGAUUUGUUUUAUUCACAGUUCCUCCUGUUUCAGAUGAAUUUAUCUAUAUAGGUCUAUCUUCUCCCUGAAAGAAAAUGGGUAAUGAGAUAAGUUAAAAGUCAAGAUUUUUCUUAAUAAUUCUCUCAACUGACUAUUUAUAAAUAAAAUGGAGUGGGCAGACAGUUAAAGAAGGAAAACCUCAUUAGUAUAGGAUUAUAAUUUAAGUAUCAUAAAGUGAAAAACAGAUAAAUAUUGUUGGACUGCAAAAUAAGUUAUUGACAAGACAUAUUUGGAGCAAUACUUCCUUUUAAGGUACCAAAUACACUGUAAGUGAAUGGACAGAGUUGUUGGAUCAUAAUGGUAAAGGCACAUGUGUAUUACUAUAAUUCAUGAAAUCCUGCAGUCCUCAGUGUGUCAUUUAAACUUUAGGAUGAAUUGUUGGCUAAUACUGUGUGAUAACUAAUCUAUGAAAGCUUUUGACUUCACAGUUACUUAAAACAUGUAGGCUGCCUACAGUUCUGCUGCCUCUCUUCUGGUCGCUGCACCUUUAUCACAAAAAAAUGCUAGAACAUCUAACCCAGUAGAUAUAGUGAUAAAAUACGUGGUGCAACAAAACCAAUGGUUUUAUUUUUAUUGUCUUGGGAUAUGAGGUAAGUGGAUUCACAUGAAGUUAAUGGGGCAUUAAGAAAAUGUCAUGUUCCUUCAGUGCAAGAUAAGAUUCUCUUCUUCUGAUGGGAAUCCUGUCACUUUGUCAGAUAUAUCAGUUUUCUCUGCCAAAGAGUUAAUACUGUAUGUGAGAUGAUAUAUAGUUUUUCCUUGGUGUGCCUGCUGAAUCUUGGGCAAAAAAAAAUCUUAUGGCAGAUGCCAAUUACUCCCUGUUGGUCUGUGCGUAGAAAUGUGUGCUAUCAUGAGAGCUAGUCAAGCAUUCAAAUAUGACCAGAACAGUUGUUUUCUCAACUAAGAGCAAGGCAGAAUACUGGGGAUCAGAUGCACUGAAGCAGAAGGAAAAAAUAGAAAAGGGGAGCAGGGGGUGGGUGGAGAAGAACUGUUAGAAAAUCAGAAAUGCGUUAAAUGUUAUGGGUUUCUUGAGUAACAUCUAUCUAAAAAUAGAAGAGUACGAACAGGUAAUAAAUAACCAAACUUGCCACAGGUUACUCUUCCUCUUCAAAUCAUUUGUGCUACUAUAUAAUCUCAAAUGCAGUGAAAAGGUAUAAAUAUGAAGCAGUUCCCAAUUAUUUUUACUGUGUAUUUCCUUUACAAAACACAGCAAAAUGGCAUGCUGUGUAAAAGCAGAUUUCAACAAGUGCAACAAAAUAGCAUUAUAAGAAACCUCAAACAACUUUUGAUCCAAAACCACAGGGCAAGGGGGUCUUGAAGAAAUAAGAUGUAAUGUAUUUUAUGUCUCAGGGGGACUUUUAACUAAUUAGGUAAACCUUAGCUUUAAUAGUUUAUAAAGAAAUUUGGACAAUCAUGUGAAACAGACCUCAUCAGAGCAUGCAGAGACAGUUUUGUAAGAAUGAAGAUUGUUUUGCCAGAUUUGGUUCCCCUUCUGUACACAAUCUCCUCAAAGUAUGACAGCUGCUCCAAAAGUAAUCCCUCCUACUUUAUUAUAUUGGCUCACAACAUCAGAGCCAGAUGUUGGUGGUAUAGCAGGUGAGACUGGGCCUUCCCACCAAUAUUCCUUUUAGUAUUGUCAUGUGGUAGAUGACAGCAAAGGAAUGGUCUGACAAAAAAAAAUGGUGUCUGACUUGGAAUCCUGUAGGAAGUAAAUAUGUGGACUUGAAUUUCUCCUUGCAGGACAAAAUAUUGCUUCUAUUCAUCAAUACUUGCUGAGCAUUUAUGGAGAAAAAAGUGGAUGUGAUCUUAGUGAGGCUGUGGCUAGUGCAUUUUCAGUAGUGGUGGCAGUGAUGUGAAAGACAAGCAAUGUUCAGGAUGGCCAUGCACAACUGUCAUGUUGUGCAGGAGUGUCUAGUCAGCUCAUUCAUGUGAAUUGCCUAUGUUGAAAGGGUGUUUUGUAGCCAAGAACUUGCUCUAUCAAAUAUUGUUACUGUAUUCUGUGUAUCUGUUGUGGUCUUCAUGGAAAUAAAUAGGAAGCAUUAUUUUCCAAGCAAACUGUGUAGAUGUUCAUCAGUGAGAAGCGACUUUUCUGUAAGAUACAUAAACACAGCAGCAGUCACUAUUUGUUUAAUUCAUUUUUUCUCAGUUAAAACACUUCUCUCAGUACAGCAAGAAUAACUAAUACUGAACAAUUAAUCAUGUAGGAGGUGCAGAUGAUACAGAUAAUCUGUCAUUCAACUUCUGAUAUUUCAAUAUGUAUCCAUUUGAGAGCAUUUUAAGUCUUAAUAUAGAGUGGGGCACUAAGUCAUAUCUUUGGCACUCAUGCUCGAAAUAUUAUAGCCUUGUCUGAGAUAACAUGGAAAUACUGAUAAAGGAGUGAAAUCCCAACUCUACUGAAAUCAUUGGUUUGCCGUUGCCAUUACAGAGUCAUUGUUUUAUCCCUGGUAUAUUGUGAUAAAGCUCAGAACAUCAUCAGGAGAAAUGUCUGCAAAGAAGUUUUAGAAAGGUUGAGAAAUUUUGAGUAUUCACACAUCAUAAAGCUUACUGAACCCUUGUAUCUGAGAAGUUUCACCCUGCUACUGGUCCUGUAACGCAACUCUCAUUUUGGCUGUGUAAUGUAACAACAAGGUUGAGUGCCCAUAAAUAGUUGCUUUGAGCCUAGCUCUUAGGACUUGUACAUUCAAUGAAAUAUUGACUUGAUAGCAAAUUUUGUAUCUUUGCCCUAAGUGGUCCCCACACAGUGCUGCAAAACUAUGUCUAUGUUUACAGCAUAACACAACCCACUCCUAAUUAUUUUUUUCCUGAAGUAGCUAGCUGCUGCAGUUGGAUUUCUUGUCUUUCAUGCGUAGAACAGCAGUGACACAUAGUGAGUCAAGACUUUACCAUGCUUAAAUCUUUCAUGCUAGGUGCUAUUAAAAAAAAACACAUUGUUUUUUUUUAAAAGCAGGUAUGUGUACAAACCUUGAUUACAAAGUGAUACAUCAGAGGUAUGCAAACUGUGUACGAAGUAGUCACUCUCUUGUAUUUACAUACAGCUUUCUGUUUUCAGUAUCUUUUAAUGUCUGUACACUUUUGACCACUGUUUUGUCAUACUUCAUGGUUAUUGUGCAUCUUCAAGCUCAAGCUACCCCAAGAUACAAAACUGAUCUCACAGCUCAUUCGUUUCAGUGUUAUUUGAUUGUCAAUUAAUAGCUUAAAGCAGCAGAGAUAAAUGUAAGAACAACAUAGUUCUGGAGCAGAAAAUGCCACAAAAUAUAAUCUGAGAAGGAAGAGCAGUAACUUUCCAUAAGACCAAAGAAAUAUUUCCUAAAUAUUGUUAACUUUCUUUAGAUACUAAGGAAUAGAAUUACUGAGGCUUCGAAAAAUGUUGCAUAUGGCAUUAUGACUUUAAAUUAUUUCAUUGAGCAGUAAAGGAGAAGUGAAAGCAAUUUUUUAAAGUAACCAUUUUUAUUGUGACAUUGCCUUACUGAAUGCUGAGAGGUAUGUGGUUCUUAGCCUUAUUUGUUUAGCUUCAUUCAGUUGCUCCCAUGCAUGUUGCUAUGCUGACCUGACAGUAUUUGACUGCUGCUCAUCCCUACUGAAUCUUUACCUUUGGUCAUAAAAUAAUUGAUUGUCUGCAUUCUUCUCAACCUUUCGAAUUUUUGGUAUUCCAUCAGUUUAUUUUCCUUCUGCUAGAUUGUUUCCUUUGCUUUGUUCACACACUUUAAUUAAAGUGUUUGUUAUUUUGUAUUUCCAUCAGUCUUUGUAUUUUCUUGUCUAUUCAGAUCCAUUUAGAGUUUACCUCUACAAGAUUCCUGGGUCAUCAGUUUGCAGUCUCUUCCUCUCUCAGAUACUGUACCCUAAUAUCCUUCUCCAUUACCCGUUAAAUUAGGCUCAGUUAGAUGGCCUUAGUGGCUUAUACCUCCUUAGUAAAAAGUAUUUUUGUAUCUGUACCUAAAAUCAUUCUAGGUUUAGAGCUCUCAUUCUAUACAAUCUGUUCAGUACAAAGGAAAGUACCUAUUUGUGUGAUGUAAAUCCUAAUGGAGCCCUGAUGAUUAUCUUGUAAUGUAGAUUUAAGUUUAAAGAAAAAGACUUUUAGACUUUACCAUCUUUGAAUAAAAUUAUUCUGGAAAUAUCUAAAAAGUCACUGUUUUCUUCUUUCAAAUCCUUCCUCCAAAUAUCUGCAAAAGGAUCUAUUUAUGUAUUACCAGAGAAAUCAGAAACUGCUUUCUUUCCACAUAUUUACAUUUAACUGUU